AUGGAAAACUACAAAGGUGAGAUUUGGGUCUCCCAACCAGAUGAUAAGCAAGAUUCCAUAUUCAGAAGAGGAGAAAUCGUUGAAAAAGUCAAAGAUACAGAGAAUUCUACCAUUUACAAAGUCAAACUGAAAGACAACGAUGAAUUGGUGGAUGCGGACUUAAAAAACAUUCAUAAAGCAAAUCCAAUCAGAUUUGACGGCUAUGAUGACAUGGCUUCAUUGACGUACCUCAACGAACCUUCUAUCCUCAACAAUCUCAAAGUGAGGUAUCAGGAUGAUAAAAUAUACACUCACUCAGGUUUGUUUCUAGUUACAGUGAAUCCAUACAAGAAAAUAAAUAUCUAUAAUUCUGACUUUAUUACCCUAUAUUCUGCCAAUGAAAAAAAAUGUAAUCAACCUCAUAUUUUCGGAACAGCACAGAAAGCAUUUGAUAGUUUGAUUAAAAACAAAAAAGACCAAAGCAUUCUAGUUACGGGUGAAUCAGGUGCAGGUAAAACUGAAAAUACUAAAAGGGUGAUUCAAUAUAUUCUCUCUGUUGCUACAAAUGUCGAAAACAAACAAAGUGCUGCUGUCUUGGAAAAUCAAAUUUUACAAGCAAACCCCAUUUUAGAGAGUUUUGGUAAUGCAACAACUGUUAGAAACCUGAAUUCUUCUAGAUUUGGUAAGUUUGUUAAAAUUCAAAUUGACAGUUCCAAUAGCCAACUAGUUGGUGCUCAUGUGGACUACUAUCUAUUGGAGAAAUCAAGGGUCAUCUUUCAGGAUUCAAACGAAAGAAAUUAUCAUGUUUUUUAUCAACUUCUAAAAGGUGCACCUUUGGAUCUGCUGGAAAGAUUACACUUGAACAAUAAAUCUCUAAAUCAAUACGAAUAUUUGAAAAGCGGCUUGACCACCCCCGUUGGUAACAUUGAUGACAAAAAGGAAUUUCAAAACUUGAUCAAUGCUUUCAAGAUUAUGAGUUUUAAUGACGAAGAAGUUCUGAAUAUUUUUAAAAUAUUGGCUAUUAUAUUACAUCUAGGUAAUAUCAAAUUCAAAAAUUCCUUAAAUGAUACCAAGCAAGCCGUCUUACUGGAUGAAUCAAACGAAACAAUAGACAAAGUUGCUCUUCUUUUGGGGGUUUCAUCACAAGAAUUUAGAAAAUCCUUUUUAAAUUCUAAAAUUAAAAUUGGCAGAGAAAUAGUUAAUCAGCAAAGAACCGCAGCACAAGCUAAAUUUUCAAUUGAUGCACUCUCUAAAUCUCUUUAUGAAAAACUUUUCCAAUAUUUAAUUGAUAAUAUUAAUAGGAGCUUUAACUCAUCCACUAAUCAAAACGAAUUUAUGGACAUAUCAGAUAACUAUAUUGGAAUUUUAGACAUUGCAGGUUUUGAAAUAUUCAAGAAGAACUCUUUUGAACAACUGUGUAUUAACUACACAAAUGAGAAACUCCAACAGUUUUUUAAUCACCAUAUGUUUGAACUCGAGCAAAGUGAAUACAUGAAAGAAGGAAUUUCUUGGAAUUAUAUAGACUUCGGUAAUGAAUUGAAGCCAACCAUUGAGUUGAUCGAAGGAUCCCAAUCAAACAAGCGCAAAACCAAUAUUUUCUCCAUUUUAGAUGAAGAAUGUGUUGUUCCAAAGGGUACUGAUAAAUCCUUUAUUGAUAAAUUGUUCUCGGAAUUAGAAUCUAAGGAUACAACUGUUGAUAAAAACAAUUUAUCAUUCAAACCAAACAAAAUCCGAGACGGAUUCAUCAUCAAACAUUACGCUGGAAGUGUUGACUAUUCUGUAGAUGGAUGGCUAGAUAAAAACAAAGAUCCUUUGAGUUCAACGAUGGUGGAGUUACUAUCCAAUUCAAAUGAUAUCUUUGUCAAUGAUUUUGUUAACGCAAGUAUUACGGAAUUCAAUAUAACCGAUUCUCCUGUCAAGGGAUCUCCUAGAAAGAAAACUGGUAUGUUCAGAACUGCUGCACAGCGUCAUAAGGAACAAUUGAAUUUGUUAAUGGAUAACUUGUCUCAAACAUUUCCUCAUUUUGUUCGUUGUAUUCUCCCCAACUCUGAGAAGAAACCGGGUGUUUUUAAUGAUGCAAUAGUGCUACAUCAAUUGAGAUGUAACGGUGUUCUAGAGGGUAUUAGAAUUGCUAGAUCUGGAUACCCGAAUAGAAUUGAUUUUGAAAAUUUUGCUAAACAAUACAGCAUUCUUUCGAAUGCUAGUUUUAAUAAAGCUUCUGGAAUCAAAAAUAGCACGGCUGAUUACAAGAAAAUUUGUGAAAUAAUCCUAGGGGAACUCAAGCUUGACCCAGAAGUUUAUAAGGUUGGUGUGACAAAACUAUUCUUUAGAAACAGUGUGUUGGCGUCAUUAGAGAAGGUUAGAGAGCAAACAUUAUCAUCUAUCUUAUCUGAUUUUAAUGCAAUUGUACGCGGAAAAUUAGUAAGAGCGAGUUUUGUCAGGAACAUACAAAGAUUAAGAGCUUCAAAAGUUCUUGCUAAGAAUUUUAAACAUUAUUCACUGGUUAAGGAUGACCCUUGGUUUAAACUAAUCAACACAUUAAAACCAAGAUUAGAUGAUGUCGGGGUAGUUGAAGCGCAAUAUACUAACAGAAUUGCAAAGCUUGAAAAUCAAGUCAAAGAAAUGAGUUCUCAGAUCAAUGAUAAUUUGAAAGAACGUGAUGAGAUUAAAUCCAAGUUAGGAGCAUUAAACAAGGAAAUAGUAGAGGACCAAAAAACAAUAUCAGCAAAAGACUUUGAACUCGGUGAGUUGAAACAAGCGAAAGUAUUACUUGAAAAAGAACUUGCAAACUUAAAAAUUACUACAGAUGAAAAGACAAGUAUUUUAAAGGAGAAAGAACAAGAAAUAGAUAAAUUAUCUAAUACAAACUCAGAUCUUAUUAAUAAGUUGGAAAAUGAUAACAAGGCCUUAGUAGAUUCUAAAAAAUCUCUGGAAGCUACGAUUGAACGUAAUAACAAACAGAUAUCUCUCUUGAAUGAUGAACUAAAAGAAUUGAAGUGCACUAUAGAUAAAAACGAGUUGGAAAUAUCAAGUAUGAAACGUGAUAAGAAAUCAAAAGAUACUGCUGCUAGUAAGAAAAUUGAUGAGUUACAAUGCAAGUUAUCCGAUGCCAUUUCCGAGAGCUCUGUUAUAAAAGCUGAAUUAGAUAUGAAAUCCAAAACUUUAGCUGAGAAAAUAGCCCUAUUGGAUGAUUUACAAAUCAAAGAAAAAGCUCUGUCCCAAGAAAAUAACAAAUUAAAGGACAUUGCCCAAAAAUAUGAAUCCAAACGUGUUGCUCUUGACCAAGCUGAAAGAUUGAAAAAAGAAUUCAAGGAACUAAAACAUAAGUAUAAACAACUAAAGUCUAAUCAUGAGCAAAGGAUUCAAGAAGAAGUAAAUUUCAACAGUGGUCGUCAGCAUUAUUUAGAGGAACUAGAUAGAACCAAAAUAGUAAUUGAUGAACUGAAAAGAGAUUUAGAGAUGGAAAAGAAAAACUCUGUUGAUUUGAGCUUAAGGCUAGAUCAUGCAAAAUUGGAAACUGAAAGGGAAUUAAAAAACAAGAAAAGCUUGGAAAUGGAGGUUUCUCAACUAAAGCUACGGCUAAGAAGCACAAAUCCUGAUCAAGCUGAGCUUAGUCAACUUGAGCAUAAUAGGAGAAGUAAUUUAUUUACACCUGAUAUGCAUCGAUUGAUUGAAGAGGCAAGAUCAGCUAGGACAAGACUUGCAGCUGAGUCUUAUGAGAAUAGGACAUUGAAGGCUUUGUUGAGAAAACAUGGAAUUAGUGAUCUUAACCUAAGUAAUUACAGUAGUAAAAAUGAAUCUGAACCAAGUGAGAUCAAAAUUUUUAACGACCAUGAUGAAGUUGAUGAAUUAAGAGAGAGAUUGAGGCUCGAGAAGGAAUCAAAUAAAAGAUGGGAGGAGCGUUAUGUUCAACUGCAGAAACAAUCAGUUAUCAAUAAAACCAAAAAUGCUAGAGAAAGUAUUGAUAUCGAAGCGUAUGAUUUGUUAAGCACCGAUUCUAUGGAAUACAAGAACAAAUAUCAAAUGGCUAAAAUUGAAAUUGAUGAUUUGAAGGAGCAGCUUAAAGAACUUCGGAUUGAAGCUAAGAGGAAACCUGUCCAAAAGUCAAAUGUUCUAGCUGAUACUACCAAUAUUGAAAACAGAACAUUGGCUAGCCUCGAUAACAACAAGUCAAAAGGUGAGAACUUGAGAUUAAAGUCAGAAUUAAUGUCACUGAAGACCAAGUUGAAUCGUUUGGAAUCUGGGAAUACAAGCAGGUUUGAGCAAGAAGAAGAGAUUAUUCAGCUAAAAAACCAUCUUAAAACUCUCGAACUCUCGAACAGUAGUUUACAGGCUAGUAAAGAGAUCUACAAGGAUAGAUCUGAAGACUAUUACGCAAAGUUGAACCAAGUUGAAAAUGAGCUACAUAGCUCUAAGAUUCUUGAGGCUAAACUUAAGGAAGAUAUUUCUCACCUAAAAUCACAAGCAAAUAUGUAUCAAUCUAAAUAUUUGGAGAGCAAUUCUGAAAUUUUGAAGCUAAAUGAAAAGAUUGGAAAAUUAGAAAAGAAUUUGAUAGACAGAGAAUUUGAAAUCAAUAAAUUAAAUGACAUUAUAUCCGAUUUAAAGGAUAAAUUGCAGUGUAGUGAAGACCUCAGGAAAAGUGUAAAAUCGGUUAGCUAUGAUUACCAUGAAAACGAAAUUGAAAGGUUGAAAAAAGAAUUGGUCAAUAGUGUCAAUAAAGAAAGUGAAAUGAAUGGCUUUAUAAAAAGCAUGAACGCACAACUAGAGACCCUGAGGAACAAAGUCAAUGCUGAAAAGUCUAAUAGUUCACAGCUAAAUGAAGAGAAAAAUAAAUUAGCUAGGUCAUUGAAAGAUUGUGCUCUAAAAAAUGAAGAGUUAUGUAAACAUGUUGAAGAAAAUAUAAAUAAGGCACAAAGUUUAACUCAGCAGGUCAACGCACUGAAGGUUACUACUGCGGAUCUAACUAGAGAACGUGAUGAAUUGUUUGCAGCAAAGAGAGACCUUGAAGACAAAAUUAGGGAUAUUAAUUCUCAGUUUGAAGACAAUCUAAUGAAAGCAAAAGAAAAUGCACAUACCGUGGUCCUCAAUCAACAAUUGACUAGCGAGUUGAAUGAAGCAAGACAAGAGUUAUCCGAAAUGAGAAACAAGCUAUCUACCUACGAAAAUAAUCUGAUUGAUGUGACAGGAAAAUUAGAAUUGAAAACCAAGGAAUAUUUGAAGGCUGUUGAAGAUAACAAAAAGCUGGUUAAAUUCAAUUCAAAACUUGAGAGUGACAUCAGUAUAAUGCGUCAAAGAUACGACGCUGAACUCAAGGCCCAAGAUGAUCACUGGAGUAAGCGGGUCUCCGAGCUAGACGAAAAGCUAAGGGUAUUUAGGUCCUCGCAAUUGACUGAAAAUUACAAAAUUAAUGAGUUGAACGGUACGAUCAGAGAACUGGAGGCCCAAAACCAGAAUCUGGAACACUCCAAAAAACACCUAAAGGACGUCAUAAGACAUUUAGAAGCUAACGUUGAAAGGCUGCAAAUUAGCUACGAGAACUCAAACAAAAGAGAGGCAGAAGCUCAAACUAGAUCUUUACAUCUAUCUAACCAGUUGGAUAAACUCAGAGAAAGCCUUGGUGUGAAUAUUUGA